GUUUUGGCCAGCUCCCCGGAUGCGGCUGUGAUUGACUGUACCAGGCAGAAGAGAACCCUAGCUAAGUGGCGGUGCUGCAGCCCCAGUGGUCGUUGGCAGGAUGCAGACCAUAAAAUGUGUGGUGGUUGGCGAUGGGGCAGUGGGGAAAACUUGCCUUCUUAUCUCAUACACCACUAAUGCCUUCCCUGAAGAAUACAUUCCAACGGUGUUUGACAAUUAUAGCGCCCAGAUGAGCGUGGACGGCCGCACAGUCAGCCUCAACUUGUGGGACACGGCCGGCCAGGAGGAGUACGACCGCCUGCGUACUCUUUCCUAUCCUCAGACCAACGUCUUCAUCAUCUGCUUCUCCAUUGGCAGCCCCUCCUCCCACGCCAACGUCAGGCACAAGUGGCACCCCGAGGUGUCUCACCACUGCCCCAAUGUGCCCAUCUUGCUGGUGGGCACCAAGAGGGACCUGAGGGGUGAUGCGGAAACAGUGAAGAAGCUGAAGGAGCAGGGUUUGGCUCCCACCACCCAUCAGCAGGGAAACGCCCUCGCCAAGCAAAUCGGGGCUGUCAAGUACAUGGAAUGUUCGGCGCUGCUGCAGGAAGGCGUCAGGGAGGUGUUUGCAGAGGCCGUCAGAGCAGUGUUGUAUCCCGUCACGAAAAAGAACGCCAAGAAAUGUGUGCUCUUGUAAAAACGCUUCCUGUAUUUGGAUUGUGGAGAUCCACAGAUGCGAACGAUGGCUGCUUCCAUGCCACCUCGAGCAGUUAGCUCACUUCUUUUCAGCUCCUUUUUCAUCUUCGGGAGGGCUUCAUCCUUACGACGCCAUCAUCACCAAAGUGACUUUGACGAAACGGGGGCAAAAAAGUGGAUCUUGUAUUUUUCUUGCAUUUAAAAUUUGGAUAUUUACCCGUUCUUCACGUUACAAUUGUUCUAGAUUUAUAGCGUCCCUGCUUUGCCUUUCUAAACAAAUGCUCAUCAUGUUUGUCACAAGCCAUCUAAACCAAACUGCCCUAUUUGACUGGAGAGAAGAGAUCUACUGUUGUUUAGGUGGAGAACUAGUGACUACCUCAUACUCUAAACUUAGGUUGCAUCUCAUGAGUCUCAAGAAACUGCAUUUUGACCCGGGUUAUUAAUUAGGCGACACGGCUGAGCAGCCUUUUUCUCCAAUUCAAACAACUUGAGUCCAGAAAAGGGCAGAAUGAAGUCUAGAUGAGAGCCAAUUCCCAGUAGGCGCAGAUGUGCUGAGUCUGGGGUGUUGGAAAGAAUUUCGGGUCGUAGCACAGCCCUCUUGGGUCUCUUCUCCUUCAGAAAUGUGCCUAAGAAUGACCCUUGACACUUGGAAUAAGAUGGGCCUUUGACCCCAUUUCCUUGAUCAGUUUUCUCAGAAUGUUCUGUACUCCUGUUUCUUUGGCAGCGCUGGGAGGUGGUGGCCAAGUGCAGAUGUAGCUAGCUAGCUUUACAUAGUCAACGGCAUUUCAGUCUUUUAGACAGCAACGGCGUCUCUGCUGGUUGCAGCCAAGUAAUGCACUCCAUAUUGCCUCUUUUGCUAGCCAAUGGAUUUUGUAUGCCCUUCUUGCUUCAUAUUUACAGAAACUCUAUUUUCUGAACAUGUUGAAGUUCCUCCUCAAAUGUUUUUAAGUGGCCAAAGUGGAAUAUAUAUUUUUGUAAUCACUUAUGUUUAUUGGAUCUUAAAGGUGGUAAAACCCACACUUGCAUCAUGACUGCCUCCAUGCAUGAAAUGCUAGCAGACGACUAUGAAUCACCCCGCAAACACCGAAAUACAAUGGAACCUGCAACGUUGAACAAUUUCUGUUAGUUUUUCCAAUUUAGAAAAUCAAAUCUCCCUGUGUAAGUUGAGUUAAUAUUUUCCACAGUCAAGCUGUCACUGCCAGUAAUUCUUUAUCUACUCUGGAGCAAUUGUUUCAAGUAACAUUUUAACAUUCCUACCGGUAUCGUGCUGCUACCAGCCCUAUUUUUUUGCUGCUGAUCUCAACCACCUAAGGCAAAGCAAAAUCAAACAUUAAGUCCUCUUCACCAGUAGUUGUUGCUAUACUGUGGCAAUUUAACACAUUGCAGGAUCAUCAUCUGGGUCAGGAAAUAAGGUCGCAAAUGAAAUUUCAUGAAUCCAAACUGCUAGAGAUAUUACUGUGAGUACUCAAGACUGAAUAUGCGCACCAGUAUUAGUCUGAAAAAGCGUGCUAUCAAACAUCCCUAGAUGCCAGCUAGAUCGGUAAUGGAGACGAAUUAUUGGUGAGCCUUUUAUCAUUUUCAUGGUGUCCUUAGCUGUCUUUUUUUUUUUUUUUCCGACACCCUCGUGUUAAUUUUGGGCUAUUUGACUUUACAGGUUCCAUUGUAUGUGAGCAGUAUUGCAAUAUAUAUUUCUUAUCUUAAAAUGAUGUCAUUACUGAAAAAAGGGCUAUUACUGCUGCGGUGUGCAUUUUUUGCAGCAUGUUGCAGCACCCAAACUGUCAUGAUUGAUGGUAGAAGUGUUGGUGCGGUCAGGAUGCCUUAUCCAAACCAAAAGCCACAGUGGGGCUCCUUUGACAAAGUUUGUCAUUUUAAUGCCACAAAGAGCUCCAAGCUGUCAUGCUAUGACUUUCAUAUUUGGUCAUUGAAGCCUUACUUUCUUCCUGCCAGUAAGCACACUGCAGCGGUCUAUAAAACAGCUGCAGAAGUGACAUCUCAGUGCGCCACAACCACACUUUUUUUUUUUUUUUUAAACUCACUGUGGUUUAUAUGCCUGCAUUGGUGGAUGUGGUGCAGCAAUAACUGCAUUGGUAGAAGGUGCCUCGUCAGUUUAAAGAUUUGUGUUUAUCAUUAGAAUAAGCGGUUGCUUUGUUUUAGCAUCAAUAACUGUUUCAACUGUGGAGUUAAUUGUAUUAAACCGGUUUGUUGUGCUCUGUAACAACCUAAGCGCAAUAACAGCAAAAGGGCUGAAAUUUAAAUAAAAACAUUGUGUUGAAUGUAAGUGCACAAUUAGAAUAACUGCGAUCAGCUUUUUUUUUUUUAAAUAUAUAUUUUGUAUUCCCCUUUAACCGGAUGUCCAGAUUUCAUUCAAAUAAUAUGAUGGAAGUGGAACAUGCACCUGUGGGCUCUCUGUUGUCUGCGUCCCAGAGCUGUUUGCUACGGCACGCGUGGUACUACGCUUUUACACUGGGAACUUGAUUUGUAGAGAUCUGUAAUUGUUUUAUAUAUAACAAAGCAUAUUUGUAUAAAUGAACUAACAGUGAGAUGAUUUUAAAUUAUGCUAAAUAAAAUGGUCGUUCAAACCA